GUCACUUCCGCCAGAAUGUCCUAAACAUGACGGACAACGCCAUCUAUUGUGGUCGAUUGUACUUCCGCUUUCUACUCAUCAGGUCAUAAUUACUUUCCAGUUGAGGUUUCUCUCUCUUGAACAACACUCUGUUGUUGGUGUGGUCUUGUUUGUCCCCCACCCCCUCCCAAACCAAAGUCUAAACCAAAUAUAUAUAUUUACAUAUAUAGGGGGAGAAAUUGUUUCACAAUUCGCUUGCAAUGAUCAAAGAUUGCCGAAGGCAGAGGAGGAGAGGCCAUGCCAUAUUCCAAAGACAGAGUUCCUAUCGUGUUGGAUUGUCCAGUACGUCUAGUUGGUUAUCGCAGUGAAAGUCCCUUCAAGGAAAUUCCAUCAGACAAAAGGUCUCACCACUCACAGCAUUCGCACCAUCCUAUGUCCAAGCAGCAUUAUACUGAUUCAUGCUCCUCCUCUCGCUCUCCACCCUCAGUGGCUGGACUCAGUACAGACUGUGAAGAUUAUGGAGAAUUAGUUGUCCUUGGCUACAAUGGUCACCUUGUAAAUUAUGAAAAGGGUAGAAAACGGAGCAAAUUCAUCCUGACCAAACGAUCUGCAGCCAAUGGAGUGAAGCCUUAUAAGAAACAUGUGGUCAAAAACCCUCAGAAUUCCAAAGCUGUCCAGGAUUCGGCUUUACACUCUGUAUCCUAUACGAUGUCAAGAAACCAGGCUGUGGUUGUCGAAUAUAAGUCUGAUCCCGACACAGAUAUGUUUCAGAUUGGUCGCUCAGGGGAGAGCCCUAUCGACUUCAUUGUCAUGGAUACGGUUCCUGCGAACCAAAGACGUUACAAUGGGGAGGUAACUCAAAGUACUAUAUCGCGAUUUGCAUGUCGGAUCUUAGUGGAAAGAAACCCGCCGUACACUUCCAGAAUAUUUGCUGCCGGUUUCGAUGGUGCACGCAACAUAUUCCUUGGGGAGAAGGCAGUUAAAUGGCACUCAGGCGAAGAGAUUGACGGGCUAACGACAAAUGGUGUUUUUAUUAUGAGCCCAACGGAAGGGUUCACACCUGCUUCCAAGCCUGGCACAUGGUAUGAAGUGUCAGUUGGUGGAGGUAUUUACAGUGCUAGGAACUCAAGAGCAGACCCAUUGAAAAGUCAUCAGAUGCUAAAUGCCGACAAUGUCCUACACGAUGGCACACUGAUUGAUUUGUGUGGGGUGACACUAUUGUGGCGCUCCGCUUCAGGCUUGCAUGCGUCACCAAACGAACAGGAAUUUAACAAAUUGGUGGAAGAAAUCAAUGCUUGCCGUCCACAGUGUCCAGUUGGUCUAACCACAUUGGUGCUGCCUAGCAAGUCUCAUGCUACACCUGGACUUGAUAAGCAACCAUUUGUAUACAUUAAGUGUGGACACGUGCAUGGAAGACACACGUGGGGACAGAAAGAUGAUGACGACAAAAGGACAUGUCCACUUUGUUUAAAAGAAAGUCCUUUUAUAAAGCUGGAGGUUGGAUCUGAACUUAGUUUUUACGUUGAUGCAGGAUCUCCAACAUACUGUUUCAGUCCAUGUGGUCAUAUGGCAUCAGAGAACACAGUCAAAUAUUGGGCUAAAGUUUUAAUUCCACAUGCUUCCAAUGAAUUUCAUGCAAUAUGUCCGUUUUGUGCAAUUCCUUUGGACAAUCCUGGUUAUGUGAAACUAAUAUUUCAAGAUCAAGAACUUUGAAGAUCACAAUGAUUAUGAUGAUGAUGAUAAUAAUAAUAAUUAAUAAUAAUAUUAAAGAAGAUGAUGGUGAUGGACAUCUUGUACGCUCGCUGCCUGAUGGUUUUUUUUAUAUAUAUAUAUUUUUUUUUUUGAAAAAAUCUUCUAUAAUUUUUUUUUUCUUCCUCAAACAAAUUCUCCUUCUUCUUCUCCCUGUUGAUAAGAUAUAUUCUCCAGAAAGAAAAAAGAAAUUGCUGAUGUGUCAUUCGACACAAGCUGCAUCGAAGUUAUUGCCCACUGAAUUCAACAACAAAAUAAAUCAAAAAGAAAACAAUGAUAUACAUAUAUGAAA